CUUCGCUCCGCUCUGCCGGCGGCUUGCUGCCGAGGCUCAGGACCGGCGGUAGCAGCCACGCCGGGAGCUGAGCUCGGCGCUGGGAGCGGCAUCCAGCUCACGCAGUCGCAGGGAAGAGGAGCAGCCGGGAGCCCGCCCGCCUCCGAAGCAAGGCGCGGAGGAUCGGCACAUUCUUGUUCCGCCAGGGGCCACUCUGCUAACCCCCCCGUCGCCUCCCGUCCUUCCCUCCCUCUCCGCCCCCCUCCGUCCCCGCCCCUCUGGAGUGAUAGCCCUGCGAGUUUGCUUCGCUGCCCGCGCCCGUCGCUGGGCGUCCGCCUCCGCAUUUACCCCGCCAUCAACUCUGGGGAGCCUCCGGCGGAGGGCAGGGAACCGAAGUUGCAGCCUACCCAGGUGGAAAGUAGCGGCAACGCGGAAGGGGCCGGGGCCGAGCACAGUCCGGCCCAGACGAGCGGGGCCGCAGCGGAGCAGCGCCGCCCGCAUCCCGCGGUAACGGUCUGGCCCCGCGCCCCAAGCGGCGCUGGCUGGGGCAGGGCAUUGCGGCCCCGAGGGAGCUGCCGGGCGCCGCGACCCGCGCCGGCCGCGCUGCGAAAAAGAAACCAACAUGCAGAGUGGAGGGAAAUGCAAAACUGCUCUUUUAUCAAAAAGGAAUUGGCUUUCUGCCUCUCCCACACAUUUUCCCUUUUCUUCAAAGUGAGAGGAUUAUCUGAAUCAUUGAGGCUAAAUUUGGGCAUCAUUGGCUGAAGGUAUGAUGAAAGUCGUCUGGAAAAUAUGUCGAUACCCAAUGACUAUUAAUUCAGAUGCACCUUUCAGAAGCAGAGGGGAGUAGUGGUUAAAAGCACUGCAGUUUCAUCAAAAGGACCUAAUGGAGGAUCUAUGUUGAUUUUUUUUUUAUUGAUUUUUUUUUUCCUUCCCACUCUCCCAUGAGUCCCAAAAGAGAAAGAUGGAAAGAGCGUGUAUGGAAAUUGAGAUUGGUCAAGGCAGAAGACAAUAAAAUCCAUUUUAGAGUCUGUUUUCCAAAUGCUGUCUAUUCCCUGUUUCAUCAAGUACAACACAUAGUUUUGAAUAAAUGGUAUCAUUUUGGGAUCAGUGGAGUUUUUUGUCAGCUCUAAAAAUGAAAUUUCACCUGAUUGGAAACUUCUUAAAAAAGAAAUGCAUGCCUGGGGGAGAGGAGCUGCCUAAUGGAUCAUGGCUGUGAUGUUCAUGGGGCAUACUUUAUUUCUAGCAUUGAUGAUGUUUGCUCUCUUCACUUUUGAAGAAUCCAUAAGCAAUUACUCUGAUUGGGUGACUUUCAUAGAAAAAGUAGAUCAAUAUGAAAAAAAGCAACCCAAAGGUGUUAGUGCAGAGCAGAAACUGAAAAAAACAGUUUUGCAUCCAAGCUUGUAUUUUGAUACUGAAGAUAUCCAGGCACUGAGGCAGAAGGCUCAUACAAGCCAUUCACAUCUAUUUAGAGCCAUCAAAAGUGCGGUGUCAGUUAUGCUGUCCAACCCAUUAUACUACCUACCUCCACCUAAGCAUGUUGAUUUUGCUGCAAAGUGGAAUGAGAUUUACGGUAACAAUCUGCCACCUCUAGCGUUUUAUUGUUUGCUGUGCCCCGAAGAUAAAACUGCAUUUGGUUUUGCCCUAGAAUAUAUGGAUAGAAUGGCUGCCUACAAAAACUGGUUGGUUGAGAAUGCACCUGGGGAUGAAGUGCCACUCGGUCACUCACUAACAGGAUUUGCCACUGCUUUUGACUUUUUGUAUAAUUCACUGGAAAAUGAGAGAAGGCAAAAAUACCUGGAAAAGAUAUGGUCUGUAAGUGAGGAAAUGUAUGAGUACUCAAAGGUUCGUUCCUGGGGAAAGCAGCUUCUCCAUAAUCACCAAGCAACCAAUAUGCUUGCUUUGCUUAUUGGGGCUUUAGUUGCAGGAGUGGACAAAGGAUCUCAGGCAAAUAUUUGGAAACACACUGUUGUUGAUGUGAUGGAAAAAACAAUGUUUCUGCUCAAUCAUAUCGUUGAUGGGGCUCUGGAUGAGGGUGUGGCUUAUGGGAGUUAUACAGCAAAGUCGAUAACCCAGUAUGUUUUCCUGGCCCAGCGCCACUUUGGUAUUAACAACUUGGAGAAUAACUGGCUCAAAAUGCACUUUUGGUUUUACUAUGCCACCCUACUACCAGGCUUUCAGAGGACUGUGGGCAUAGCGGAUUCUAAUUACAACUGGUUUUAUGGUCCUGAGAGCCAGCUGGUUUUCUUGGAUAAGUUUAUCAUGAAGAACGGAGCUGGAAACUGGCUGGCACAACAGAUUAGAAAACACAGACCCAAGGACGGGCCAAUGGUGCCAUCCACUGCACAGAGAUGGAGCACACUACACACUGAAUUUAUAUGGUAUGCUGCUGAAAUUGCUUCUCAGCCACCUCCUGACUAUGGUACUGCUAAAAUGCAUGUGUUUCCUAACUGGGGAGUUGUUACCUAUGGGGCUGGGUUGCCAAACAGUCAGACAAACACUUUUGUGUCUUUUAAGUCUGGAAAGCUUGGUGGACGUGCUGUCUACGAUAUUGUUCAUUUUCAACCGUAUGCCUGGAUUGAUGGAUGGAGAAGUUUCAAUCCGGGACAUGAACAUCCUGAUCAGAACUCUUUCACUUUUGCUCCCAAUGGACAGGUGUUUGUAUCUGAGGCUCUUUAUGGACCUAAACUCAGCCACCUGAAUAAUGUCUUGGUCUUUGCUCCAUCUCCUACGAGCCAGUGCAACCAGCCUUGGGAGGGACAGCUUGGUGAGUGUGCCCAGUGGCUGAAGUGGAUUGGCGAUGAAGUUGGAGACUCAACUGGAGAAAUUAUAACAGCCUCUCAGGCUGGAGACAUGAUGUUUGUGAGUGGCGAGUCAGUAUCAGCUUACACAUCAGCAAUGAAAUUGAGAAGCGUGUAUCGUGUUUUAUUACUCUUAAAUUCUCAAACAUUGUUAGUAGUCGACCACAUUGAAAAGGAGGAAGACUCUCCUGUUAAUUCUGUUAGUGCCUUUUUUCAUAAUCUUGACAUUGAUUUUAAAUAUAUUCCCUAUAAAUUUAAGAACAAAUACAGUGGAGCAAUGAUGGAUGUUUGGGAUGCUCACUACAAAAUGUUUUGGUUUGAUCAUCAUGGGAGUAGUCCUGUUGCUAGGAUACAGGAGGCUGAACAAGCUGCUGAAUUCAAAAAGCGAUGGACUCAGUUUGUAAAUGUUACCUUUCCAAUGAAAAACACGCUUACAAGGAUUGUUUACCUUUUCUAUGGCCCAUAUGUCAAUGUGUCUAACUGUAGACUCAUUGAUAACGCGAAAUCUGGAUUUCAGAUUUCGCUAAGUGUUAACAACACUGAAAAUACCAUUUCUGUUGUGACUGACUAUCAGAAUUUAAAGACAAGGUUUGAUUACUUGGGAUUUGGUGGUUUUGCCAAAGUUGUUAAUGAAAACAAAGUGACCAGGUUUGGUCUAGGUACUGAAUUAGUUGAAAAAGAGAUUAAAACUAAUAGGUCUGUUUUCCCUUUUGGAUUCAAAGUGAAUGUAUUUGCAGGGUUAAUUUUAGGUGUAAGUUUGGUCAUACUGGCUUUUCAGUGGCGAUUUUACAUAUCGUUCGGUAAAAUGUUACGAUGGAUCCUGAUACUGGUUGUCACUCUGUGGCUUAUUGAGUUGGUGGAUGUGUGGAGCAUGUGUACUCGGCCCAUCUGUGCAAAAUGGAGCAGUGACAUGACAAGACUAGAACACGAUAAAGGCAAUAAAGCCAAACAGUUGGAAGGAAGUCCCGUUGUUUUGCCAGAUGUUAUCAUUACUUCACUUCCAGCUUCUGGUGCAGAAAUUUUAAAACAGCUGUUUUUCAAUAGCAGUGAUUUCCUAUACAUGAGGAUACCUACACCCUAUCUCGAAAUUCCUGAGACUGAAUUUGAAAUCAAUUCCUUUGUAGAUCCAUGUGAAUGGAAGGUUUCUGACGUCCAAAAUGGCCAUUUUCGUCUUAUCCAAAGUUGGCUCCAGUCUCUAGUUCGAGCCACAAAGUUACAUUUACAAAAUGUUCAGUUGUAUGAGGCUAGCAGAAGUAAAACCAGUCAGCAUUCUGCCAUAAUCAAAGAUAAAAAGAAAAGAUCUAAAAAGAGAGAAUCUAUGUCAGAGCAAAGAAGCAGGGCAAGAGGUAGCCAAGAUAAAGAAGCUGAAUAUAUUAGGGAGCUGAGAAGACAUCUUGUCUAUUAUCCUAAUGCACGACCUGUACUUAGUUUAACUAGUGGGAGCUGGACAUUAAAGCUUCCCUUCUUUCAGGAAAUCCUAGGACCGUCGAUGAGAGCAUUAUUUGUAGUGAGGGACCCACGGGCUUGGAUCUAUUCAAUGCUGUACAAAAAUAAGCCAAGCCUUUACUCCUUGAAAAAUGUUCCACAACACUUGGCUGCAAUGUUUAAAGGGGAGAAUGGUAAAGGAAAAUGUAGUUUAAAUGAAGGCUAUGCCUUUGAAUAUGAAUCAUUAAGAAAAGAACUUUCAAAUUCUAACUCAGAUGCUGUUUCUGUGUUGUCCUAUUUAUGGCUAGCAAACACAGCAGCAGCACUGAGAAUAAAUGGGGACUUGUUGCCAACAAAUUAUCAACUGGUCAAGUUUGAAGAUAUUGUGAGCUUUCCACAGAAGACGGCUGAAAUGAUCUUUGCUUUUCUUGGUAUUCCUCUUCCUCCUGCUAGCUUAAACCAAAUAUUAUUUGCCACCUCAACCAGUCUUUUCUAUCUUCCUUAUGAAGGGGAAAUUUCACUAAGUAGUAUUCAUGCCUGGAAACAAAACAUGCCCAGUGAAGAGAUCAGACGGAUCGAAGAUAUCUGUUGUUCUAUAAUGGACCACUUAGGAUACCCAAAGUUUAUAGAAUAAAUGCUGCUGGUCAGCAGAAAUUUGCACUAAUGAUCUCAGACUCCCAAUUUGUGGAUAAAUAUUACAGAAGUUUGUUUAUUCUUGUAAAAUGUGUACAGUCUGCUACUUUCAGAGAGAUUAUUUUAAGAAAAAGAUAGCUGUUACUGCAACUGUGUUGUGUUGUUUUGGGUUUUAAAAAAACCCCAUGUAAUUACUUUUGCUGUCAUUCAAAAAAGCUGUGUGAACCUUGGUAGAACUACCAGCUGGAGACUCUAUAGCUCAGGGGAUUAGUAGUAGAAUGUGGAGCUUUUCACCUCUGGCUUGUCAGUUUGACCCUAGCCUAAGUGGUUAGUUCCUGAAAGUACUUACCAUCUGAUCAUUUUAUGGCAGCUUAUAUGAAAUUAAACUGGUUAAACUGGCCCAGUUCCCAGUGUUGACAAUUAGCUCUCUUGAAUAGGUUUACUGAUGGAUUCUGUCUGUGUGUCACUAGUCAGUAUAGUGUUGCAAAAUAAACAUAAACUGUGAUUUAAGGCUGUUCAGAGUUCUUUUAGCAGGAGGAGACAGUCAGAACAUUUGAGUGAAUUUAGUUCCUUCUUUACAGUCUCAGAAGACAAGCAUGGGCCUGGAAUGGACAUGGAUAUUCAAUAUCAUUAUCAAAUAUGGUUCCUUCAGCUCAGAGAUGUGGCACUCAAAUUGGCUUUUGCACUUUGAUGAAAGAGAAGACCUCAUUCUCUAUAUAUGACAAUGUGGUACAGUUUGUGAGCCUGAAGUAAACUAUCUGGAGAAAAAGAAACAGGACAACAUCUAAGAAACCAACUAGAUCUCCCAAAUGAGUGGUUACAUUUGCAGAAGAUUUAAAGUAAUUUUGACUUGCCUCAACUUAACUGAAUUUUGAAGGUUGUUAACAUAUUGUCUCCUUGCACUGCUUUAUCCUGUACCUCUUGUCUAAUAUACUCUGCAAGGAUACUCUCUUUUUGAGUCAUACUCUUCUGUCCUUUGUUGUAACACAUUUCGCUGCUGAUUCUUGUUCAUAAUUUCACUGAGGUCAUAUUUGAUGUCAUUGUUAAUGGGUUAUCAUUGAUGUUUGCAUAAAAUGGCAACCUGAUAUUUAGAAGAUCCUAAAUAAAUCUCCAGGUGUGUAUUGCUGA